CGCAGCCAUCAUUCACUCUUCAUAAUCUUGCCCCCUUUUGCGCCGUUGUUGCCCCCAUAGCUAUCCUUACACAUUCCACCACUCACCCGGCAUUUAUAGAACAGAGCAAAAUAAUAAUGGCCAACGUAAUAGCGAAUUCCGGCCACGAUGACAUGAUUCAUGAUGCCGUGCUGGACUACUACGGCAGGCGGUUAGCGACAUGCUCGUCGGACAAGACUAUCAAGAUCUUCGAGGUGGAAGGCGAAUCGCACAGGCUAGUUGAGACAUUGAAGGGACAUGAGGGCGCUGUUUGGUGUGUUGCAUGGGCACACCCCAAAUACGGCCCCAUCCUCGCUUCCUCCUCCUAUGACGGCAAAGUCUUCAUCUGGCGCGAAUCCCCGCCGACCUCCUCAUCCACCACCCCGCAAUGGUCCAAAAUCUACGAAGUAGCCCUCCACACCGCCUCCGUCAACCUCGUCGCCUGGGCCCCCCAUGAAGCAGGCUGCCUCCUCGCCUGUGCCUCCUCCGACGGCAAUGUCUCCGUACUCGAAUUCAAAGACAACAACUGGUCGCACACAAUCUUCCAGGCCUGCGGCUCCGGCGUUAACUCCGUCAGUUGGGCUCCUGCGGUUGCUCCCGGGCAGAUUCUGAGCGCGAGUGGGGCCCAGGGCCAGGCGCAGAGGAGACUUGUUACUGGAGGCAGCGACUGCCAGGUCAAGCUCUGGGAGUACGUGCCGGAGACGGGGACGUAUCAAAAUACGCAAAUUCUCCCCGGGCAUACGGACUGGGUGAGGGAUGUAGCGUGGAGUCCGACUGUGCUGAGCAAGUCGUACAUUGCGUCGGCUUCGCAGGAUAAGACAGUGAGGAUCUGGACGUCUGCGGAUCUGCGGGAAUGGAAGUCUACAGUGCUGAACGUCGACGCUGUGGCGUGGCGCGUUAGCUGGAGUCUAAGCGGAAAUGUGCUGGCUGUUAGCACGGGAGAUAACCGCGUCAGUCUGUGGAAGGAGAGGUUGAGCGGUGGAUGGGAGUGUGUUAAGACGAUUGAAGAGUAAGCCCGACGUUGGAGAUUGUACCGAUGCUUGGGUCGGACACGAAGGGCAUUGGAGGUGGGCGGAAGCUUGAAAGUAGAAGGGUUUAAUGAGGAGGAGACGGCGUGAGGAGAGGUGGAUGCGAGACUCAGCGAUUGAACGGGAGCUGUACAAGGAUGGUCUCUUGUAGCGAGUGGUUCAUUUGGCUUUGACUGGUUUGUGCCUGGCUGGGUUGGUCAAAAGAAGCUAUGCGGACAUUCUCCCGUGGCGCACGUCCAGCUCCCCCGAGAAUGAAGAUAGAAGAUCGUAUAUCUAUCAUGCCUCCUUCCUGGGGUGUCAUCAUAAGAUUUAGGACGAG